AUGGAGUUCCGCUGGGCGGCGGAGGGUAACACGGAGGAGCUGCGGCAGUGGCUGCGUGAGCACCCUGAGCGGGUGAAUGUGCCGGCGAAGGGCACCAACAUGACGCUACUGUACACGUGCAUUUCCAACGUCAACCGCACUGACUUGGCCUCUAUCCAAGCGGGGUACUCCGGCUACCUCCGUACUGUGAAGAUGUUGUGUCAGGAGUAUAAGGCGGAUGUGCUUGCCAGGAACGGCAGCAACCACAACACAGCCCUUCACCUUGCCGCUUCCAUCGGCGCGACUAGCAUCGUGCGCUACCUGGUAGAGUCACUGCAGACACCAGUGGGAUGCACCAAUGCGUUCGGUGAACGACCCCUGCAGUUGGCUGAGCGCCACGGGCACACGGAGUGCGCUAGUAUUUUGGCAGCCGCAACUUCUACAGCGGCCGUAGCGCAAUGCCAACAGUCAGUGGGCGACUGUGCCAUGCCAUCGGAAAAGGCGCCGUUAGGUGGACCGCACAUCGGCACCAGCGGGAUCCCUAGUGGAGGAAUCGGCCGAUUCCAGAAGCUCGCUAUUUCGGACAGCGACGACGACGACGAGAAGCCAAGCCAAAAUAGCAAUAGUAGAGGGGCUCCGGUGCACCGCGCCAGCGGCUUCCCCUUUCGUCAGCCCGGUGACGGCGCCGGCCCGUUCUUGCCGGCCACACAACUCAAGCAAGGGGGCGGUAGCGGCACCCGCACUGCACCGUCUUCUGUUGUGGAUGGCAGCCCCGCCUCUCUAUUACCCGGUGAAGCGCAUCCAGCACUGCAGAAUCGCAACUUGAAUGGGUCAAGGAGCGGUGCCGCGCCAAUCAGCUUCACCCCGUUAACGCCCAUUGCCGCUUUGUCCAACUCCACCACUUUCUCAGGCCUGCCGCCACCUGUGCGGCCGCGUAAAGAGUAUGACAUCUCCGACUCUCGCAUCCUGGCUAACCCAGACCUGCAAGGCUUCCGCUUCGCCUACGGUGACGGCUUUAGGUACAUCCAGUGCAGCGACCACUACGAGAUUCGCGGCAUCCUGCCCUACACUUACCGCGGCACGGUGUACUACACCCCGGUGAUCAUCUCAGUCUACGCACCUGUCUCGGGGAUCGACUCGGCGGAGAACACGAUAAGCGGCAGCAACGCUGCUGAUGCAGCUCUCAACGACCCCAACAAGUUAUCUGCAUUCCUGGCGUCUGCCAACGCAAGCGCGUCGCAGACGGUACUACGGGCCUCAUGCGCGAAGGCAAAGACAAGCGUGUACUGCCGCUACCGUGUGUGCCUCAACAUAGAGAACCUCAACGGCUUCGCCAUUAGUCGCAAGGCCGAGUACGUUGACCCGAUCAGCGGCGCCAUCAUUCCCGCACCCGGGGAUGACAAGUACCAAACGCUGACCGCGUACAUACGCAACGUGGUUGUGCGUAACUUCGAGGCGAUGCCGCCUCUCAUUGUGCCGUCGAGCAUCUACGCCUUCCCCUCACGGCCCAACAUAAGUCAGCUGGGCAGCAGUGGUAGCACCGACUUCUACCGUCACCACCACUCCCACAACGCACCAUCGUUCAUGAGAAACGCGUUACCGAACCGCUCUGCGGAGCACCUCCGCUGCGCCACUGUUCUCCGCGAUUUGUCGAAGUUUGGUGACGGCCUCGCGCGGUACUUUCCGGCGAAGCAUCGCAUCGUCGCUUACGUGCCCAUUUUUAGCGAGCGCAAGGCGGCGGUGCUCGCGAUACCGAAGGAGAGGCCUUACGCCACUACCGUCGGACAAAGCCCGUCACCCACCGCUGCCAGCACUGCCGCUGCGAAGACCUGCUCGGCAGAGGCCGCUGUUCCCACCGCUGGGGGCAAGGCUGGGGUGACGCAUCAGGUGGCUGUAGAGGCGGUGGCGGAGCUGCAGGUGCGCGUGGUGCUGCAGUUCUCCCCGACUCGUAUCGGUGGCACAGCGGGUGAGAGUGGCGGUGCUCACGACAGCGAGGCUUGCGUCUAUGCCAAGCCGCCGCGCCUAUACUUAGUUGAUGCGGCGACCCGCCCAUUGGGGCCCUUCCUCGAUGGUGCGGCGUUUGCCACCACCACCACCGCCGCCGCUGUCACUGGGGCACCCGCGUCCCCGUCCUCCUCCCUCUCCCUCACUGGGCAGUGCUUCGCCGGCAUCAUCAAGGACAGGGAGACGGGAGAGGUGACACCAGAGCUCCUUCCGCUUUCACAAGAGUCGUGGAGUGCCAGCGGGUCUGUUUAUGAUGUUCUUGUGGAGCUGCAACGCGUGCUGAGAGGCGUGCUCGAGUCCUUCGCCAUGAGCUACGCCGGUGUGAAGGGCACCUCACCGCAGGAGAGUCUGCAACAGCAGCCUUUGGGUUCCAGCGACCGCAGGACAGGCGCGCCACGGAACGCACCAGCAGCGCCCUUGCCACUGAACAGCUUCAUGACACCGACGAUGCAGGGUCAGCCAUUCCUGACAGAGGUGAGCGGUGAUAGCAUCAGUGCUCCUCAGAGAAGCAGCGCCGGGUGUUGUCUCUACUGCAUGCAGAUGCUUCAGCCAUCCCGCAUUCUGCUGCAGCCCUGCGGACACAACGGACUCUGCGGCCUGUGCGUGCAGCGGCUGCAGAGCCACUGCCGAGAGGAGGUGUUCGCCUGCCCCGUGUGUCGUGGUGCCGUCCGGGAUGUGCUGGAGAUAUUUCUAUAG